AUGGUGAGGCACAAGUCCAAGUCAAAUCUGAGCAUGACUGACACGUUGAGCAUCGAUGGCCUCGUUUUCGCGAACAUUCGUCGCUUCCUCAAGCGUGAACCGACUCGAACACUAUACUUGAUUCGUCGUCAUUCCGGGUUAAAUAAGUUGGAAGGUGGACGAAUCAACGCAAAACGCAAAAACGAGGAACAGGCGUCGACCGCCGUUGGGGCGUUGUCGUCGAGAGCGGCACCGGGCGCGGCGAAUCGUGGAAUUGGACGACAUUCUGGAGGCACCCGUUUUGGCGACAUCUACAGUCGGACUGACCGCAUUCCUGUGACAACGUCAGGCGAGAUGAGACGCGCUCAUGAACCAUUGCCGUCGCAGUCAAGAACAUGUGACGAAUGGCACGACCCCGCUGUCUAG